UAGAAGGUGGAAUGACGCUGUAGUCCAGGCUGCCGUUAUGUAGCAGGAACCGCGUCUGCUCGACAUUGAGGAAAAAUGGCGACCAGAGUCCUUCAGAGCCUGAGGAAGGGCCUUCACCAGGCUAAUAACGCGUUAGGACCGAAACAGCAGGCGGCUUUAACUAUCAGAACUCUGUCUGCGUCCUCAAACCUAAACCGUGAGGACAGCUGGUUUAAAUCUCUCUUUGUGAGAAAAGUUGACCCCAGGAAGGACGCGCAUUCUCACCUGCUGGCCAAGAAAGAAGACCUUAACCUGUAUAAAAUUCAGUUUCACAAUGUCAAGCCAGAGUGCCUUGAUGAUUAUAACAAACUUUGUGAACAAGUCUUGCCCUCUAUCCACACCAACCCUGAUUAUCCGUGUGAGCUGGUGGGAACCUGGAACACGUGGUAUGGAGAGCAGGAUCAAGCAGUUCAUCUGUGGAGAUACAGAGGAGGAUACCCUGCCCUGACUGAGGUCAUGAACAAACUCAGGAAGAAUAAGGAGUUCAUGCAGUACAGAGAAGAGCGAGGGAAGAUGCUGCUGUCUCGCAGAAAUCAGCUGCUGCUUGAGUUCAGUUUCUGGAACGAGCCUGUGCCCAGAGACGGGCCCAACAUUUACGAGCUCAGAUCCUACCAGCUCCGGCCUGGAACCAUGAUCGAGUGGGGAAACUACUGGGCUCGGGCUAUUGAGCUCCGACAGCAGAACAACGAGGCUGUGGGAGGCUUCUUCUCUCAGAUCGGGAAUUUGUACAUGGUGCAUCACCUGUGGGCCUACAAAGACCUGCAGUCAAGGGAGGAAACUAGAAACGCUGCUUGGCAGCAUGAAGGCUGGGACGAAGUUGUCUACUACACAGUUCCUCUGAUCCAGCACAUGGAAUCGAGAAUAAUGAUUCCACUGAAGACUUCACCCCUGAAGUAGCUUCUUCACAGAAGACAAAAAAAAUCAAAUCCAUUUUUAUUACAAGAUCCCAAUCAGAUUUCAGUCAGAUUUUGCACUGCUGUGGAUUCCACCCCCCCACCCCCACCCCGAUUUCCAACAUGCUUGUUUUUUUUGGUUACACUAUUAUUUUUUUAAAGCGUGUGUGUGUUUGCGUAUAUCGAGAAGGAGACACGGAUCAAAACAUCCUGAUGUGGGGUCGACACGUUUUUUUUCUUCUGCAUAUUUACUGUAGUUCAGUUUUAUAACUGUAAGAAUAGAUCUGUAGUAGAAACUGAAACCGUGUGUGUGAUGAACGCAGGUCAGAGUCUUGUAUACAGAAAUAAAGGUCUAAAACAAAGACACGUUAAAUAAUACACAACACAUUUUUCUUUUUUCUGUAAGAAACCCAAGACUCUCUAGUUUUCUCUGUAUAUCGAAUGCGGUAUAUAGUUGAAUUGAUAUGAAGUGUGAAAACGGCUUAAAUUUGACGACCCUUUCAGCUGGGGUUCGUUCAGUCCAAUAAAUUUCACAGAAUAUUCUUUGGUUUGCA